AUGCGCUGGCGCGCACUCAUCCUCAGCGCAACAGCCACCUACGCUAUCCUCUACCACCCAACCGUCCUUCUUCUCUGCUUCUGCGUCUCCGCCGUCUACACAUACCUGACACCCAACUCAGCACCCCUCAACACUCCCGCCGGGCGUGCCAGGCAUACAACUGCGAGGUUCAUUAAUGCUUACGCGGACUGGGCCAUGAGCGGGGAGAUUCGAGCCGACGUCCAGCUUGAUGUUGAUGAAAUCUGCAUCAUCUGUCGCGACACGCCGAGCCCACAAUGUACCCGCCGCCUCUUCCCCUUCCGCUUCGAGAACCGCAAUCUGGAAGUACUCACAAAGUUCAAGCUGUCUUUGCUACUCGUCACGGAAGUCCUGUCCCCUAUGAGUAUCCUCUUCGGGCCGUUGAAACGUUUCCACAUUAUCGCCAGCUCGUGUGGAACGACUGCGAUGUCCUUGUACAUUGGCGUUCUAUGGCUGAGCCGCCGUCGGAACGGGGCAGAGUGGUGGAGGGAUCUGGAGCAAGCGCAGGGUGAUGAGGAGUACGAAGCGAUGAUGCUCUUCUGGCAUGCAGUGGGCAAUGUUUGUGCAGCGGGCUGGUUUUUGUACCAGGCGGUGGUGUUUGAGAGAAUGGUGUCGCCGUGGAUGCCUGAGUUCUCGAACUGGAACUUGACUGUUGGAUGGAUAUGCUAG